AUGGCCGCGGGAACAACCGAGUGCCGGGCAAGCGCCCGCGAACUGCUGCCGGCCCGUUUCUAUGCCUCUGCAGGAUUAGGUGGUGGAUACUGGCCUGCUUGUCUGGCCUGGUCGUAUAGCCUUUGGGGCAAAUCCAUCGUCUGGUGUCGAAUGGGCGAUGACGGCUGCCGCGCACACAGUUGCCAGCGCGCAGGCGGCGCCCACGCCUCUCUCUAUUCUAAGUAUACGCAGAUGCAAAGCAUAGCCGAGCACCACAUGGCAGCACGGCUGCAGAAUCGUCGUGUGCCAGACUCGACAUCCCCAGGGUAG